GGAGAAGGGAGGAAUAUUAGCCAAUUUUCGGUCGAGGUUCAAGAGAGGGGGAAUUAAGGAGAACUAACUCACCAACGAUAAAAAGUACUAUGUACAAGAUCCAUUCUUCAAAAAUAGUCAAGUUUCUCUUCUUAUUCUCCAUCCGUUUCGCCUUGUUGAGAAUAUCCUUAACCCGCGGCUGGCGGAUUUCCAUAUAUUUUUUCGAAGUCUGCGAAAUAGCAGCCUUUUCCGCCAACGCCUCCGUCUCCGUUGGAGAUUUAAGGUCGUAUCCUUGGCUCAAAUAAUAGGCCAAGAACAUCGAGAAACACUCUACAUCCUCCAGUGCCUGCGAUGUUCCCUGACCUGAAGUCGGGGGUAAGGUGUGCGCCGCGUCUCCAAUCAGCACAACCCCGUUACGCUCCCAUGUUGGCAAUUCAGGGGUUGUCCACACCGGGUACAUUGUUUCGACUUCGACGCUGUUGAUGAUCUUCUGGAUUACAGGAUUUCGCCAGUCGCCAUGUCGUUUCUGCAGGUCCUGUUUUACGGCUUCUUUAUUGAUGGUUUCGGGAUUGGGACAGUCGUCAAUGGCAUAGCUAGACCACCACAUAACGGUCUUUCCAGGAGGCAAGACUCCCUGUGGUAUGUGUCGGUUAGGGACUUCAGCAUCUGUGUCUGAGGGAGAGUAGCCAAAGAACCCGUUCCCUCCAAACACAAUAUUCAUGGCGCCUGCUUCGACGUGUGAGCUGAUGUCGGCUAGGGGCACGAAGCCACCGAUACCAACUAUGCCUCUAUAAAAGGGGAUGAAUGUUAGCUAUGCGGGGUUUCAUAUAACCUAACAGUGAAAUGGUUAGGAAACCAAAACUCAACUGAUAAUGUGGGGGGUACAGAUCCUGCCCUUCCGCGGGAAACAGUGCCUUCUUUGCCACGCUUUUCAAGCCAUCCGCGCCGAUUACAAGGUCGACCUCUACAUCUGGACUCCCAUCCGCAAACUUGAUGAUAUUUCGUCCAUCCGCAUUAGCCACAACCUCCAUAACACGCUUAUUGACAAGAACGCCAUCCGGAAUGCGACUCCGUAGAGUCUUCCAAAUCGCAUGUCUGCUCAUGGAAACGGAAUUAAUCUCCGGGUCAGAACCGCCACGAGUAGACAUCCGCAUCAGCGUCCAGCCAUACGAGUUCAUAAACUUCAGGGUGCCAUAGGGAUACCCGGCCCGUACAACGUCGUGGAAGAGUUCUUCAUCCAGCCGUUGGAGGACCCUGAGUCCGUUGGGACCCACGCCAAGACCUCCGCCCACAACGAGGGAGGCAGAAUGGGUCUCUCCUAGCGGAUGGGGGGAUUCGAAGUCCCGGGGGGUAGCGUAGGCUUCAUAGAUGGUGUAUUCAUGGUCCUGAGAUGGGGACGGGGGCUUUGGGAGGCGCUUCUUCAAGGAGAGAUAGGCGGCGCAUCCGCCAAUGCCUGCGCCGAUGAUGGCGAUUUUCAUUUUUGAUAGCGAAAUGGAGAAGUAGGCGAUGAAUACACUGGAUAGACUAUCGUUGAGACCCGAAAUUCAGCGGGCGCAUUGGGAAGAUGCUGCCCUGAACAGAUGAUGGUAUAUAUAGCCGCCGCAUUCUUCCAUAUCCUACUGUUAAUUUUGCUGCCUGAGAUGGAAUCAAUAUCAUGCUCGUGUUCAUUCUGCGUGACAGUCGGGCAAACAAACGUCAUAGUCAUGCAAGGAAAAGCCACAUAUUUUUAGCCAUUCGGCCAGGCUUCAGUAAUUAUCGAGAGAAGAGAACAUCCUAUACAGACCUUCUCUACCCAGUCUAGAUAGUUGAUGUUUCGAACUGAGCGUGAACUCCGUACGAGGUGGCAUACAACUCAAGAUUAGCGGCUAGGCAGCAGAAAUACCGAUCGUGGACACCCGGACUGUUGAUAUGGCGCUAGUAAAGAUAUCAACCACAACCUACCCUACCUACCUCUCUUUGUUCUUUGUUUCAUCCAUGCAGACACCACCCUGCAACCAAGAAAGGCUCUAUCUGCUGUCAUGACUGUCUUUGACUAUGUUGGCUCGCUAAAAAAUGUACUGUCUAAACUUUGGACCAGACUGUUUGGAGCUGUCCAUGGAGAUGGGCACAAUGAAACUGCCAAAGAGUUGGGUCAAUCCCUGCAAUAGAUGCUGGGCAAUUGCAAUUUACACUAAUGAAUUGCACUCCUUUUUGUUGCUUGCCUUCAAUGAGUGAAGCAUGAAAGUGCAUUACUGCAUGGCUGAAGCUGUUAUGUCAACAGAUGGCAUCUCCUUUAGACAUUUCUUAUGACCCAGCCAAUUUCCGCUGGUACAUGACAAUUCACCUCCCUCCAGUGAGAUGGCCAAGUUACAGAUGCAAAUGAUUCCUUUGAUAAAGUCCAAUAAAUGGGAUGCUACAGCUGCUGCAUAAGAAGGAUCACAGAUAUUUCUUUAUCAUCAAUAUCAACAGCUAUUCAUUCUCAGCUGUGGUGAUCCUCAGAAGCAUCCAGUGGACUUUGCCCGGAAUUCCUCUAGACCAGUUUAUUGGACUCUAUGGGAUCUGGAAGACAUGAAUUUGUCUAUAUAUACCACCUUUUCCCCCAGGCCUGCUACAUCAAUCUAGUAUCCAGAGACUGAAGCCUUGGACUUUGUUAUCCGUCAGAAUGGAGUCGGAAUCCGGCGCCUACCAUAAGCUCUCCGACCCUACGCUGCUGGACAAAAUUGAUAAACUGUUUGCUUGUAAUGUGGGGAGCCAUAUUGCUCUGCCUCAACUAGUUGUCGUUGGAGAUCAAUCGUCUGGUAAAAGCUCGGUUCUUGAAGGCCUGACAAAGUUACCAUUUCCUCGCGACAGUGGCCUCUGCACAAGAUUCGCAACUCAAAUCACCUUUCGGAGGGCGGAGGAGAAGAGAAUUACUGUGUCGAUUAUACCUGGUGCAGAUGCGAACCUUGAACAUGCCGAACAUGUCCGUUCCUGGGGAAUUGUCGAUCUUCCAGAACUGAACCGGCCUUCUUUCGCGAACAUCAUGGCUAAAGUAAACGGGGUCAUGGGGUUAAGCGAUUCACUGGACACAUCUGGUAAGACAUUUUCAACCGAUGUUCUUAGGCUGGAGGUCUGCGGUCCCGAUGAAGAUCACCUAAGCAUAAUCGACGUUCCAGGUAUAUUCAAAAAUACUACAUCCGGCUUAACUACGAAAGAGGAUAUCCAACUUGUCAGAAACAUGGUGCAAGAAUACAUGAAGAACCCGCGAAGUGUGAUGUUGGUAAUCGUGCCUGCAAAUGUCGAUAUCGCAACCCAGGAGAUUCUAGAGAUGGCAAAAGAGGUCGAUGCUCACGGGGAACGAACAAUCGGUGUACUCACGAAGCCAGACCUUGUUGACAAGGGCGCCGAAAAAAAAGUGAUUCAUCUGUUGGAAAAGGAAUCGAGUUGGAAGAUGGGAUGGAGUUUAGUACGAAAUCAGGGCCAACAGGAUCUCGACGACGGCACACAGGAUCGCGACAAGGCUGAAGAAAGUUUCUUCAGGUCGACAUCUCCCUGGAACACGAUUGAUGAGGAUAAAGUUGGAAUCAAUUCGUUGCGCACGCGGCUCCAGGAGAUUCUUACCUCGCAUAUCCGCCGGGAAUUUCCCCAUGUGAAGUCCGAGAUCAGCAAAGCUCUUGCUCGCAAGAAAGACGCGCUAGCGUCCCUAGGCCCAGAGAGGGACUCUACAGACAGCCAACGAAAGUAUCUUCUUGACAUAAUCACCAAGGUUCAGCACAUAUCAUUUCUCGCAUUGGCUUCCGAUUACGGUGGCAAUGAUAUAUUCGAUCGAGAGCCGUCCACAAAGCUUCCCACUAUUUUGGUGAACAGAAAUGACAGGUUUUCUGAGGACAUGGAGCAUUGGGGACAUCGAUAUGCCUUUGUUUCCAGUGCGGAUGGAGAAGAUGAAUCCGGGGAGGUGAUCGAUGGGGAUCAAUGUGAAUCUGGAGGCGAAGAUGCUCGCGAAGAGGGAAACCAGGGUCCGACGAGUAGGUCUAUAAAAGACCCUGAGGGCCUUGAAGACAUUCUUACGCCCCCAACAACUGUUCAGCAUGCUUUCCAAACACACAUUUUGACAUGGCUGAGAGAUACAUUCCGCAAUAGCCGUGGUUUCGAAAUUGGCACAUUUAACCCGUCAGUUCUGUCGCCGAUCGUAAAGAAACAAUCCGUCAACUGGGAAAUUCUUGCGCUCGGUUACGUCAGCGACAUGAUAUGUGCAGUCCACUCGUUUAUCCUAAAAGUACUGGAAUCGGUUUGCAAAGAUCGGCCGGUCCGUGAACGUUUACUGUCCCUUCUGAUGGAUCCGCUUGUUGAGAUAUACCAGCGGUCUCUACGCCAGGUUAAAUUCCUCCUGUGUGUGGAAAGAGAUGGCAUUCCCAUGACGCUUAAUCACUAUUUCAACGACAACCUUGAGAAAUGCCGCCAGAAACGGAUAGAGACCGCGAUGCAAAAACAUGCAAUUAGCGACCGUGCUCACGGAACAGUCGUCCGACUCCAGGAUAUCGUGCAUCAGAACCAUAUGAGUAACCUCGAGCAUACCGUCCGCGAUCUCCAUGAUAUCUUGAAAUCGUACUAUAGAGUAGCUCGGAAACGCUUCGUGGACAGCGUGUGCAUGCAAGCGGUAGAUUACCAUCUCAUCGCUGGUCGACAGACACCCCUCAAGCAAUUCUCCCCAGCCUUUGUCCAAAGCCUGUCCGCAGAACAACUUAGUGAAAUCGCUGGAGAAGAUCCCAAAUUGAGACGGAAACGCGCUCAAUUGCGUAAGGAAAUAGGUGAGCUGGAGGCUGGGAGGAAGAUUUUGCUAUAGAUGGCUUAUUCUUCUUCGAAGUGUGGAGGAUGUUCUAGAGGAAAUGGAUCAGGCUAGAGAAGUUGGUAUCUUUGUUGCAACUCCCCCUCCAGCUCUGGGUGUUUGUUAUAUUACUGUUCUGCUCAAGGUACCAAUUAGUAACUGAUACCCCUAUUUCAAGAUUGAAAAAGUUUUUUAUGCUGUUCCC